AUGGCAUCUAGUAAAUGGCCCGGUAUGCCAUCAGGCAUUCAUUCCCGAUUCCUGGGUGUUGGCGAUCUUGACAUGCAUAUAUUGGAAGCAUUACCCCCUUCACACGAUCCCUCCUCCAAACCACCUCUCAUUCUUCUUCUGCAUGGCUUCCCGGAACUUGCCUAUUCGUGGAGAAAGGUUAUGACUCCACUUUCCGCUCAAGGAUAUGCCGUCGUCGCGCCUGAUCUCCGUGGGUUCGGUCAAACCAAGCAACGCAGUCGUGCAGUGCCUUCCGCAAAGAUCGCGUACGAGGAAGAUCUGUCGCCGUACCGUAUUCUGAAUAUUGCAGCAGACAUCGUCACCCUUGUCUAUAGCCUAGGAUAUACAUCCGUCGAAGCUGUGGUUGGGACAGAUUUUGGGUCUCCGGUCGCUGGAUAUUGUGCGCUGGUGAGGCCAGAUCUGUUCAGGUCAGUGGUCUUUAUGAGUGCACCGUUUACUGGACCGCCUCCUGCGGGUACAGGAGAUCCGAACGCAAAGACGCAGUUGCAGCAGUUGGACGCAGCGCUCAGCACGCUCGACCCCCCGCGCAAGCAUUACAUGGUCUAUUUUUCGACACCGCAGGCCAAUGCGGACCUAUCCAACCCUCCUCAGGGGUUCGCUGCUUUCUGGAGGACGUAUCAUCACCUGAAGAGUGCUGACCACAAGUCCAACAAUUCCCCCAGGCCGCUAGGCACCGUUCUCGCGCCUAAAUUGUUCGAGAACUUGCCACACUACUACGUUAUGCCUCGUGAGCAGACGAUGCCGGAAGCUCUCGCCUCCAAAGCGCCUACAACAGAAGAAAUCUCUCAGUGCAAAUGGUUAACAGACCAGGAGCUGGAGGUUUUUCUGGCACACUAUAGGGAAGGUGGAUUUCAAGGCGGAUUGAACCUCUACCGCUGCAUGGCGGAGUCGCCUCGGUGGACUGAUGACCUCAAGAUCCUUGUGGGCAAGCAGGUUGAGAUACCAGCCAAGUUCAUCGGCGGUGCGCAGGAUUGGGGUGUCUAUCAGAUACCAGGGGCAGCGGAGACUAUGCGAGCGAAGACAUGCAAGAAUAUGAAAGAGGAGGACUUUGUUCUUAUCGAAGGCGCCGGUCAUUGGGCGCCGCAGGAGAAACCGGAUGAGGUGGUUCAGGAGAUACUGAAGUUUGUGAAGAACAUUUGA